AUGGCAAUGUCAAUCUCUCCGCUCGCCAGAGCUCUGCCUCAGCUUCCCCGGUUCUCUUUACUCUCCGCUAUCGCCUUGCCCUCAAUCUCCAUCUCCGUUCCACCGCUACUCUCCGAUCUCUGGGACUCGGUCCUCCGCGCUGUCCCGAAGAAGAAGACCUCGCACAUGAAGAAGCGCCAUCGUCAAAUGGCUGGAAAAGCCCUGAAGGAUGUCCACAGUCUCAACAAGUGCCCGGGUUGUGGUCAGGUGAAGCGGGCGCAUCUGCUGUGUUCCAACUGUGUCAAAGGGAGACAAGGCAAGAGCUAA